AUUUGCAGUAGCUACAGCAGAUUGGAACGGUUGAAGAUGACAGGGUUUAAUAUGACAAAUACUGUUUAUCCUCUAAACUCAACUAACGCAACAAAUUCAACAACACCGAUGGUAAUGUUACGGGAGACUUGGGUACGAGCCGUAUUAAUAACGCUAUAUGCUUUUGUCUUUAUACUUGGUUUGUCGGGCAAUAUUCUAGUGGUUUUUGUCGUUGUUCGUAACAGAACAAUGCAAACAAUUACCAAUAUUUUUAUCAGCAAUCUAGCAGUCAGCGACAUUAUGAUGUGUUUACUUGCUGUACCAUUUACCCCAAUUUCCGCUUUGCUGGACGGCUGGGUAUUUGGUCAAGCUCUUUGCCAUCUUAUUCCAAUGGCUUUAGGAGUCUCUGUCUACGUAUCAACUUUAACUUCAACGGCUAUAGCUAUUGAUAGAUAUUUUGUAAUAGUUCAUCCAUUCAAACCGCGUAUGAGGAAGGGUGUUUGCCUUUUGUUAAUUGUAGCCAUUUGGAUAAUAUCAAUAUCUAUAUCAUUGCCAUUAGCUAUUUAUCAAACAUUAGAGUGGGAUUCAGAUAAUGAUGCACCAUCUUGUUUCGAAUCAUGGCCAAAACAAAAUGCGAGACAAUUUUUUACAGUAACAAGUCUCGUUUUACAAUAUAUUGUACCGUGUUCAGUUAUAACGUACUGCUACGUGAAUGUAAGUACGGUGUUGAGAGUAAGAGCUCAAGCAAGAUCACAACAUCGAAGAUGCAGAGACAGGGACGAAAUAGAAAUAAAGAGGAAGAGGAGAACGAAUAGAAUGUUGAUUGCUAUGGUUUGCAUAUUUGUAGUGUGUUGGUUACCGUUAAAUAUUGUUCUCAUCUUUACCGAAUAUAAAAGAACUCUUGAUAAUUGGGAGUACUAUGAGCAUCUUUUCUUAUCGGCUCAUGUCAUUGCUAUGUCAUCAACAAUUUAUAAUCCAUUCCUUUACGCUUGGAUGAAUGAAAAUUUUAAAAAGGAAUUCAAGCAAGUAGUACCCGGUUUAUUUUAUAUUUUUGGCCAAAGUUCCAGAGCCGGAAAUGCUGCAACUGCUUCCCAGUAUACAACUGUUGAGACUACAGUAGUUGCCGCCAGAAAUGGAAAUUUAAAACCAAAUGAAAAUGACGCUGCCUUUGACUCUCAGACGGAAACUGUUGCUUUGAACGUGAGACCGAAAGAAGAUGAGGAUUGAAUGAGCUUUUUGCUUAUAUAUAUUUUUCAUAAUAGAGGAGUUAAAGUAUGUAUGGUUUAAUACGGUGUCGAAGAAAUAACAAAGGCUUACUUUAUCCUGAAAAGAGAGAAGAAGGGGAAGGGUAAAUAAACGGCAUUUUGAAUUUAAAUAGACAGAAUUCUUUAUUUCCCCUUGAAUUGAAAACAAAACAAUCAAAGAAAAAUAAAUAUAAAUAAAUAAACAAUGAACUAUUGCGUCAACAAAAGUUAACAGCAACGGAAAAGUGUUAUUAAUGCUACAACUUCUACAACAACAUCUACUAUUAUUUCUACUAUUUCUACCAUAGCUAAAAAAGACAUGAAUAUCAGAAACCC